GGUUUAGACGCGGCUUCCCCAAUUCUUCCCUGCUCUUUGCUUUCCGCUUUCCACCCUCUUCUCCUUUUCCCUUUCCCUUUCGAUUCCGGAAGCAGCAACCAUAAAAAUUAGAAAGACACAAACUUGGCCGUUUCUGUUUCUUCUUCUUACAAUCUGAACAAAGGGCCGCUGAAUUCUACGUGGGUUAUUCGGAGACAGGUUCGAGCGCAACAAUGUUCUUCCACAUCGUAUUGGAGAGGAACAUGCAGUUGCAUCCUCGCUAUUUCGGUCGCAACCUACGAGAUAACCUCGUUUCAAAGCUCAUGAAAGAUGUUGAGGGGACUUGCAGUGGUAAACAUGGGUUCGUUGUAGCAAUAACAGGCAUAGAAAACGUUGGGAAAGGUUUGAUCAGAGACGGUACAGGUUUCGUGACUUUUCCAGUAAAGUACCAGUGUGUUGUGUUCAGACCAUUUAAGGGCGAGAUCUUAGAAGCUGUUGUCACCAUGGUAAACAAGAUGGGAUUUUUCGCUGAAGCUGGUCCAGUGCAGAUCUUUGUUUCGAACCAUUUGAUACCUGAUGACAUGGAGUUUCAGUCUGGAGAUAUGCCGAACUAUACAACUUCUGAUGGAUCGGUUAAGAUCCAGAAGGAUAGUGAAGUGCGUUUGAAGAUUAUCGGGACUCGUGUUGAUGCUACAGAAAUCUUCUGCAUUGGUACGAUAAAGGAUGACUUCUUGGGCGUGAUCAACGAUCCCACAACCACGUAGGCGAAGCUGGGAGGUGGAAGUAUUAGAUGUACACCGUGUUUCUUAUAGGUGUAUGAUGGCCAAGCUUCUGAUGCGGACCAUCGAGCAUGGCGGCACCUACCUGUACUUCUUUUUGUCAAGCAAGCUCUGUAAUUUAUUCCGCAGCAAGAAGUUCUGCUAUGUGCUUGUAGGGAAUGGACUGUAUCUAUGUAUUGAAGUGUUUCUCUUUUACCAAAAAAAAAAAAAAGUGUGUUUUACUCACCUAAGACAACCAUCAGAAAGGCUUUGUCCAUGUUGGAUGGUUCUUGAGAGUUAUUUUUAAGAUUCUAGAUUAUCUACUGGGGUCAAGUUGUUGGCUAUGGCUACUAUGGAUUAGUUUGAGCUGCACAAUUGGACGCUUAAUCUCUCUUUGUAUCUUUGUUACCAUAAUAUGAAGAUGAUGUUGAAUCUUUGAGCUGCGACAACAAUUAUUCAAAG